UCUUGCUCUUGCCUCUUUCACAGCCUGUCAAACCCUGAAUCCUUUUCACUAAGAAAACAAACUUUGAAAACUCUGAAGAGCUGUUUCCAUGUCUUAAACAAUACAAUCCAUUUUGGCUGCGUGUUUUUAGUUAUCUCCGUCCUCGAAAUAAAAGGGUUUCAUCGUUGUUAGCCCUUCUAAUCUGGGUGUUCUCCGCAUUUGCUUCUUCAUCAAUAGAUCUACUUAUACGGAUGGGAAAAUAUCAGAUGCUUCAGCUCUGAGCACUUUUGUUCAAUGAAUUGCUUCUUUGAAGAGAUUUUCUCUUGCAGGCCAUGGGAACCAAAGUCGGGUACCGUGGGAUAACCACAAUAGCAAAUUCACAGGGCGGCCGCAAUUUUUCUCUGCAUUUCAUGGAUGAUUAUUUCAAAGAAAGUUCCAUGGAUGGGGUGCUGAAAAUUAGGGUUACUAACAUGGAGUCGAUCAAGAAGACGAUGCAAAUGCAUGAAGAUAUGUUCAAACACCAGGUACGAGAACUUCAUCGACUGUACAAUGUUCAAAAGAUGCUGAUGGAUGAACUAGAAAGGGAAAUCAGCACAAACAAAUUGUGGGCAACUUCAACGACCCACUCCAGGGGCAAGAGUGGCAGUUGCUCCGACGAUCACAUCCGAGUCACGAAAACGGAAAUGGGGUUCGAUCUGGGGAGACCGGUCGGAGAAAACUCCGACGAAGAUAGUGAAAUCGAGCUGACAUUAAGCAUCGGCGGCGGUUCAAGCAAGAAGAAGAAGACGGUGAAAAACUCCCAAUCCAAGGCCUAUAAUCAAUCCGAUGGUGAAGAAAUCAGGGAAGUUGGUUCACCAGGUUCGUUUAAAUCAAAGAAAGGAGAAGAUUUCAAUGGACCUGACACUUCGUUAUUGAGUUCUCCAUGGUUUAAGCAUAAACAAGAUUUGACACCUUUGAACAAUAUUUAGUUUUCCUUCAUAAU